UGUCUAUGGGCCUAUCCAUCCCUGCGCUCGGUCCUGCAACAGUUACUGGCGUGUGAUGCCACACAAUGCUGGGAGGGUGUCACAGACAAGUUGGGGAUUUAGGAUGCUAGCAUUAUCCUGGUUGUGCAGAGGUGUCCUCUAUCCCUCAUGGACAGCUCUAAGCAAAGGCCUUAUUUCCAUGGCCAGCUGCUGCCCUUUGUUCCUUGGGUCUGGCCCCACUGGACAAGCCCCUGCCUGCUCCUUCCAAGAUGGUUCUCUGCCACUGGGGCUUUCCUGGGAAGCUUUGCAGGGCUGUGCUUCAGCAGGGUUCAGGGCUUGGUUUUGAAGCAUGCCUCCUCCAUGGUUUGUGGAGACAUGCUGCAGUGCAGAGGGUAAUGGGAAAUCUCCAAUGUCUGGUUUGAGAUUUUCAUGGGCUCUGGCAAGUGGCACCUGACAGCCAGCACGGCGUCAACAAAGGCAAGUCCUGCCUGACCAACCUCCUGUCUUUCUAUGAUGGAGUGACUACAUCAGUGGACAAGGGAAAAGCAACAGAUGUCAUCUCUCUGGAUUUCUGUAAAGCCUUCCACAUGGUCUCCCACACAUCCUUCUCUCUAAAUUGGGAGAUACAGUUCUGAUGAGUGGACUGUUUGGUGGAUAAAGAAAUUGGGUGGAUGAUUACAUCCAGAGGGUAGUGUUGAAAAGCUCAAUGUCCAAAUGGAGACCGAUGACAAACGUGUCCCACAGGGGUCAGUACCGUGACCAGUGCCAUGUAAUAUCUUCAUCAAUGACAAAGUGAGACCGAGUGCACCCUCAGCAAGUUUGCAGGUGACAAAAAGCUGAGUGGUGCAGUUGACAAGCCAGAAGGACAGAAUGUCAUCCAGAGAAACCUGGACAAGCUGGAGAGGCUGUCAGGCUAAUGGGCAUGGCCACCGUCUACAUCAGGGAGGAGGACUUUUGUCAUGGGAACAAGGCGAGUGUCAAGGUCCAGAAACCCAUGUUCCACCUGGACAAGCCAGUUCUGCUGGAGAAGAAGCUCCGCUAUGAGACCAGAUCACGGCCCGAGGACUUAGAAGUUGCAGAGCUGAUCUACGCCGAGGUCGCCUUCUACCUCUCCAUCCCCAAGAAAAAGGUCUUGAAGUGCGUCAAGGCUACCACAAAUGUCAUCGCGUGGGCCUUGACCGAAGGCAAGGACUUUGACUUUGUCUUCAAGAACUUUGGCAUCCUGGUGUGCCGGGGAAGGAGAGUGGUCAUGCGGUUCUUCGAAGACCUGCUGCGAGACGUGGACAAGACCGGCAUCCUGGCAAACACUGCCCUGCGAAAGUCAAGCCUGAGGCCCUUGGUCAUAGCCCGCAAUGAGACAGCUGUUUUCCAGAUGCCUCCUGGGGGGAUCUUUGUGUUCCCACAGCUUGUGUACAAAAGUGCCACGUCUGAAAAAGAACUGGCUGACAAGGCGGCCCAACGAGGUACCGUAACAACGCACCCAUGCCAUGUAGAGACGCAAGCGUGUCUUCCCCACAUAUGA